GGGACCACCACCAGUGUUGCCACGGCGGUAGUUGGAAGUGGGUGUGUGAAGGUUUUCUCUCUGUCGUUAAGUGCAACGCCUGGCCCAGCGAACUACUCUUAUCUCUGCAUGUCACUUGUUUGUAAGGGAACAGGUGGAACCUCGUUAUGUGACAGAAAUCUAUAGGUUUAGGGAAAUCCAUCCCGAUUGUCGAAAGGUUUGAUUGUUCGUCCCUUCGCCGAAAAUGGUGACCACGUGUGACUGAGAAGGACCACGCCCCAUCAAAUGAACUUCCGUUGUGCAGCCUCCAUCAUCGCAGACAUGAUCCUGACUUAGAUGUUUUGGCGCUGAACGGUGAAGCAAGCCGUUCAGUGUUUAACGUGGAAGCCGAGCCUCAACGCCACUGGAUUGUCUCUAUCAAACCAGUGUUUAGAAUCAGAAAAUAGCAGUGACGAUUAUCUACACUUCAAUACUUAUUUUCCUGGUAUGCUACACUGAUAAGAAAACUGGAGCUUGUGGACACCAAGAAAAAUCAAGUAACGGCGCUGCCCAAACUUAGCGUUCGGAAAGACUGCGUUCCCGUGACGUGAUUUGCCCGGAGAGUUGACCAGACGUGCCCUGGGAGGGCGUAGGGUGGAUGCGGCAACGAAAGAAGAAGAGGAAGAAGAAGAAAGUUUGAUGGGCGGUCUGCGGGCGGCCGUGGGCGUGGUACUGGGCGUCAUCUCUCUCGCCGUUCUCAGCCUCCAUAUCGCCCUCUGCAUCCACUACCCGUCUCCACUCUUCGCCGUCACUCUCCUGCUCAACCCGUCGCUAUGGCUGUUCCUGGGACUCAUAGGCAUGGGAUGCGCCCUCCUCCUCACCCACAGAGACCAGCAAAGGAAAGUACGGGCGGGACACUGCACCUCCUGCCAUCCUCACUAUGGCUCGACAGUUGACACCAAGUGGCGGGCCCAGGACCCGAAAUGGCGCGGAGGGGGAAUGCACUGCCAGCGGGGGCCCUCGAGAGCAAUCUACUCGUACAAUGGGAACCUCCAUAAAUUUUACGCUUCCUACGGAGCCAUUAACGAGAAGCAGUUGAUAGAGAUGAAGCACGCUACUCUGAAGUCCCCCAACGGCUCCAAUGUUAAUGACAAAAUUUCGAAUUGUCCGCCGGGAGAAACUAAUGAUACCCAGGGUGAUGAAACGGGAGUACAGAAAGACCUAGGAAGUUUAUGUGAUGGAGAGAAAAUACAAUCAGAAGACGCAAAUAAUACUGAUGGUAGAGUAUCUGCCCAAGUAGAAGGAAAGGAUGCAGGACAAAAUGAAAGCCCCUCUAAUUGUGUAGACUCAAGGAAGAGUGAAGAAAUCGGUGCAGAAAGAGAAAACCAACAUGAAAAGGGACAAGCAAAUGAUUCCACAGACACAGCCACAACUAAUGCGCCUAACAUUCCCCCUCCCUCCCCCCACGAGAUGUACUACAGGGAGCGAAGAUACUGUGAUUGCAUGGCCCGCUAUGGAGCUAUCUAUCAGUACUCUCAACUACCCAGAUCAGCUAUGUCACCAAGAUGUAACAGAUAUGCCAUGCAGGACCGUUCUGUGAGUAGAUACAACAGUAAGCUCUUAAUGCGAUGCAAGUUAAAACCACCCAACGAUGUACCUGUCGAGCUCUUUGCUGCCAAAGGGGUUUCCUCGGAUAAAGUUUCCACAGAGGCUGACAAGGAAGUUGACAGUGAUGUUAAGAAAUCCGAAGAUGGCACCAGAGACAGUGUGAAUGAAAACCAAGAAGUAGGUAGUAAUAGUCCUUGCCCUUCGCAAAAGGUGUCUCAGGUGAGUGAGGAGGAAGUAUCGUCUGUGGGAUGUACUACUGAUUCGACAUCCCUUUCGUCUGUGGCGGAUCUUUCCGCGCCGAGGGAAUCUGUUAAACAAACUCCUCGUUCUACACUUAGUUCCAGCUUCAUUGUGCCUCUGAAACACAUGCCGCGGUUCUCAACACAGACCUCCACUUCACUUCCUCUUGGUUCUCCUUAUAACGGCAAAAGUAAACACACAGACUACGGAGAAGACCACGAAUCUACCUCCUUGUCCUCUGACCACACCGCAAGCGAGCAAGAUUUCCAGGAUCAGGACGUUGUUUCAAUAUCCUCUAAGUCUAGUCUCUUGCCAUCUAGCCCAGAAAAGUCCAUAACAAAUAGAGACCUAACUAGAUCGCCAUUAUGGCGUCCCUUUAAAUCUUCCAUUAUUGGCAGAAAGAGACUUUCUGAUGAAGAUAGAAAUAGUAAUGAGGAUAUUUCUAAAAAUCACCACUCCAAAGGUUAUAGUACAGGGAAUGACUCCACAAAUGAAGAUAGUCAAGAAUCACCAUCAUCUACCUUGAAAUCAGUGUUCACCAACAAGAAAUCUUUCACAAAAUCUGGAGCGGACAAUAGGAAGACUUCUACUCUUGAUCAGUCAAACUCGAACGAGAACAUUUCAUCUGGGUCAACCUCAUCAUCAGCUUCACCAGCUAUGAAAGAAAAACGACGCCAGCAGGUUGACACUUCCAGACCCACGAAGUCCAAAUCGUCUCUCAGUAGGAAGAUCUCGGCAGCCAAGGCUCAGUCCCUUCAGAAGAAUUCCAAAACACUGCUCCUUUCGCCGGCCAAGGCUGUCCGUUCUCUCGUUUUCAGAAAUGCCCAGAAGAGGAGUGGGAGGGUGCGCAAAUUGGCAGACGAGAAAACACAACAAGGUGAUCACACUCCAGCCAAACUUCCUUUACUUUCAUCGCCAAACGCAGAACCCAUUCCAAUGGAAUCAAGCAUCACCACUAAUAAGACUGAAUAUGCUGAGUCAGCAAAGAAGAACGUGACUUCUGUUACUGAUGCCUCGAUCAUUUCACAAGCAGCCAGUGCUUUAGAAGCAGCUUCUACUUUUUGCUCAACGUCUCCUAUACCUUCUAGUAAUUCUAAUGUUGUAUCCCAGAUGGGGGGUGCCAUGGCAGGUCCUAAGGUAUCCAACCAUUCCUCGGCAGUCACGUGGUCAUUUUCCCAAGCUGACUCCUCAGCGAAAGAACUCCACUCGUCAACAUCUGCCCAAGAAACGUCCAGCCGUUUUGCAGCCAAUGAACCUACUGUUAAAACCCCGCUUUUAUCUUCUCCUGCCACAAGCUCUACCUCCCCAGCAGUAGCAACGCCGCCAGUGACAACGAUGGCUAGCUCAAGCUCACCUUGUGGAAGCCCGUCAGUGAGGCCUAAAGAGCCGAAGAAGCCUAAGAUCAGGCUCAAGGGGAAACAUCGUCCUCGUCCAACGGAGUCCAUCUUGUUACUAACUGCUGAUUCAGAUGAGUGAUGCUGCCGUACACGAUGACGCUAUAACACUGUGAUUGAGUCACAAGUAGUAAGUAUACUGUUGAUCACAAUAAUGUUUGUUGACAUACUGAAUAUUAUGCUGUUUAGAAAAAAAACUAUUUUCAUUGUAAAAAGAAUUGAUGGAUUAUAGUAUAUUAACAGAUGUACUUUGCAUAUCU